ACGAUGCGCCAUAAUAAUUGAUUGCAAUUGUAACGUUAUAAAUCGCUGCCAUGCGCAAAUAUUUCAUCUAGCAGACCAGUUCUCAGUAUCUGUCAUUGAUUUUGUUAGUGUAGACGUCGCGGUUUUAGUUGCAAUUCUUUAUAACGGUAACCGUUACAAUGUGCAAAUCACUUUGUGUCACUUUGUUACUGUUAACGUGUAUUUUACAAACGCAUAGUAUUACGAAUAUGUACCCUAAAAUAGAGUCAGAGUUAUAUCGAGGGGGCAGCGGUGAACCCUUAAUAUUGACGCCGUUAAUAAAACAAGGGAGAAUUAAAGAAGCUCAACAUGCUGCCAGUGUAUCUCUUAACGACGUCAAACAAGUAAAGAGUUACGCGGCGUACCUGACGGUAAACGAACAAUUUAAUUCUAAUUUAUUCUUCUGGUUCUUCCCCUCACAAUUAAAUUACGCCAACGACCCUGUAAUUCUUUGGCUUCAAGGGGGCCCCGGUGCGACUUCCUUGAUAGGCCUUUUUACGGAAAAUGGGCCAUUUAUUGUAACACCACAGCAAACGCUCACUCCCAGAAAAUAUUCGUGGACUUACGGGCAUUCGGUCAUCUACAUCGACAAUCCCGUUGGAACUGGCUACAGUUUUACAGACGAUGGAGGUUACUCACAAAAUGAAACCGUGAUCGGCGAAAAUGUGUACAGGGCAUUACUGCAAUUUUUCCAACUAUUCCCCGAAAUCCAACGCAACCCCUUCUUCAUAACUGGCGAGUCUUACGCCGGAAAAUACGUGCCCGCUGUUUCGUACACCAUUCACAAAAAAAAUCCCACCGCUACACAAAAAAUCAAUUUGCAAGGAUUGAGUAUAGGAAACGGAUUAAGCGACCCCAUAAAUCAAUUAAGAUAUGGAGACUACCUAUACCAGAUCGGCCUGGUCGAUACAAACGUGAGGAAACACAUGCUGAACAUGGAAAUCAAGGGAAUUAAGUAUAUUCAACACGAAGACUAUGCAAAUGCAUUCAGAGUGUUUGAUGACCUGCUCAACGGCGAUCUAAAUAACCACACUUCGCUUUUCAAAAAUGUGACCGGUUUUGACAACUAUUUCAACUAUUUAUUCGCCGAAAAUGACGACAGCAGCUACAUGGGCAAAUUUAUUCAACGAAGCGAUAUCCGAUCGGCAAUACACGUCGGUGGCGCCAAGUUUAAUGGGCAAAACGAACUGGUAGAACAAAAUUUGAUAACGGAUAUUAUGAGAUCUGUUAGAGACUGGGUGUCUGAGCUUCUCUCCCAUUAUAGAGUUUUAAUUUAUAAUGGACAGUUGGACAUUGUUGUGGCGUAUCCGCUAACUGUCAAUUAUUUGAAGAAUCUUAAUUAUAGUGCCGCAAGAGAAUAUAAAACCGCAGCAAGGUAUCAGUGGCGAAUGGGCAAGGAAAUUGCUGGUUAUGUGAAGGUUGCUGGGAAUUUAACUGAAAUAAUGGUCAGAAACGCUGGCCAUAUGGUUCCGAAAGAUCAGCCCAAAUGGGCGUUAGAUUUAAUUACUAGAUUUACCCGUAAUAAACCAUACCAUAAUGAAUUAUGAAUAAAUUAAACAAUUUUCUUGCGUAAUUAUAAUGUAUUUUCUAG